GCUCCGGCGGGGGGUGGCGGGGCCGGACGCUGGGUGAUGCGGCCCCCGAGCGGCGGCUGAGCGCCGAGACCGGCACGGAGGCGGGCGGGCGGCCGCCAGCUCCCGGGGCCCGCCGCGGCCCGCAGCCCCCCGCCCCCCGCCGAGGGCUGCCUCACGGUAGAACAUGAGCAGGUAAUGCACAAGGCGCAUCACUGGGAAUCAUGUCAGACGAGUCAAUCUCAGGGAGUGAUCCGGACCUGGACCCGGACUUGGAACAGGAGGAUAUGGAAGAGGAGGAGGAGGAAGAUGAGGAGGAGGCGAUGGAGGAGGACAAUGAUGGGGAUGACGAGGAGGACUUACUUGACGAGAGUGACCAACCCCAGGAAGCUGUGUUCAGCAGUGACCAUGUUGAACACACGGAGGAUGGAGAAUGGCAGCGCUCUACUUCAACUACCUCAUCUCAGAGUGAGCGGGCAGAGCGACACUUGCAGAACCAGCACAAGAGCCUGGCCUCUGAGGACACCAAAAAGAAGAGGGCUCAGAAACCGUCUCACAUGCGGAGGAACAUAAGAAAGCUCUUGCGUGAGGACCAACUGGAAGCUGUGACAAAAGUGGCCCAGCAGGAAGAGUUGGAGAGAAGGAAACGGCUAGAGCAACAGAGGAAGGAUUAUCCAGCCACUAUACCAACCGUACCCCUAGAGUUUCUUCCUGAGGACAUAGUUUUCAGAACAGCUGAGGCUACCCAGCUCCCUCCUCAGGUCCUGGCUGAGGAAGUGAUCUGCCUAGAUAGUACCAGCAGUGGCAGUGAAGAUGAUGCUAAAGGAAAAAAUAGCAUUAAAGAUGAAGUGAUUGAGCUGAGUUCAGGAGAGGAUGAUGCCCUCCAAAUUGUGGACAGCAGUGACUCUGGCAAUGAAGGGGAGGAGGAUGGCAGUGAAGAGAGCAGUGGCUCUCAUGUGAAUGAUGCCUUAAAUCAGUCAGAUGCUCUGGGGCAAGUCAUUGUCAACAUCAAUCAUCCACCAAAUGAGGAGGACAUUUUCCUAGCUCCCCAGCUUGCACAUGCAGUAAAACCUCAUCAGAUUGGUGGGAUCCGAUUCCUGUAUGACAACUUGGUUGAGUCUUUGGAGAGAUUUAAAACCAGCAGUGGGUUUGGGUGUAUUUUAGCACAUAGCAUGGGCCUGGGCAAGACCAUACAGGUCAUCUCUUUCUUGGAUGUACUUUUUCGACACACGGAGGCAAAGACUGUUCUUGCCAUUGUACCUGUGAAUACACUCCAAAACUGGCUAGCAGAAUUCAACAUGUGGCUCCCAGCACCUGAAAACCUUCCUGCUGAUUAUAACUCCAAAGAGGUCCAGCCCCGCACCUUCAAAGUCCACAUCCUGAAUGAUGAACACAAGACAACAGCUGCACGUGCAAAGGUGGUGAAUGACUGGGUAACAGAAGGUGGUGUGCUGCUGAUGGGAUAUGAGAUGUACCGUCUUCUCUCACUGAAGAAGUCCUUUGCCACUGGCAGGAAGAAGAAAACAAAGAAACAAGCUGGCCCUGUCAUUAUUGACUUGGAUGAGGAAGACCGGCAGCAAGAGCUUCUGAAAGGGAUUGAGAAAGCUUUGUCUCGCCCUGGCCCAGAUGUGGUUAUUUGUGAUGAGGGACACCGGAUAAAGAACUGCCAUGCCAGUACUUCGCAGGCCCUGAAGAACAUCCGCUCCCGCCGGCGGGUUGUGCUGACUGGUUACCCACUCCAGAACAACCUCAUUGAGUAUUGGUGCAUGGUAGACUUUGUCCGACCUGACUUUCUAGGCUCUCGUCAGGAAUUCAGCAACAUGUUUGAGCGCCCUAUCCUGAAUGGGCAGUGUAUUGACAGCACCCCUCAAGACGUCCGUCUCAUGAGGUAUCGCAGUCAUGUCCUGCAUAGCCUGCUGGAAGGCUUUGUGCAGCGGCGAGGCCACAAUGUGCUGAAGGUUCAGCUCCCAUCGAAGGAAGAACAUGUCAUUUUGGUACGUCUAUCAAAGAUCCAGCGGGCCCUUUAUACGGAGUUCAUGAACCGGUUCCGAGAUGCAGGCAACAGUGGCUGGCUGGGACUGAACCCACUCAAAGCUUUCUGUGUCUGUUGUAAGAUCUGGAACCAUCCAGAUGUGUUGUAUGAAGCUCUGCAAAAGGAGAAUCUGGCAAACGAGCAGGAUUUGGAUGUGGAUGACCUUGGCACAGCAAGUACUAAUUCCCGCUGCCAGCCUCAGGGAAUUAAAGUCAAAACAGAGAGUAAUGCUUUGGCAUCACCAGCUGGAGAAGCUACCAACAGCAAGUUCCUCCAGAGCGUUGGCUUCAACCCUUUUCAGGAGAGAGCAAAUCAGGUCGUUACUUAUGAGUGGGCCAAAGACAUCUUGUGUGAUUACCAGACAGGAGUCUUGGAGAACUCACCCAAGAUGGUGUUACUGUUCCACCUAAUUGAAGAAAGUGUGAAGCUUGGAGACAAGAUCUUGGUCUUCAGCCAGAGCUUGUCUACCUUAUCUGUCAUUGAAGAGUUUUUGGCAAAGAGACCAAUGCCGAGUCCUCCAGGCUCAGAUGGAGGAGUUCACAACUGGGUCCGAAACAUCAACUAUUACAGACUGGAUGGCAGCACCUCUGCCUCGGAAAGGGAACGGCUCAUUAACCAGUUUAAUGAUCUCAGCAACACCUCUGUUUGGCUCUUCCUUUUGUCCACACGUGCUGGGUGUUUGGGUGUUAACCUCAUUGGAGCAAACAGAGUGGUGGUGUUUGAUGCUUCUUGGAACCCAUGCCAUGACGCCCAGGCUGUGUGCCGAGUGUACCGCUACGGGCAGAAGAAGCCAUGCCACAUUUACAGACUGGUUUCUGAUUACACCCUUGAGAAGAAGAUCUAUGACCGUCAGAUCUCCAAGCAGGGCAUGUCAGAUCGGGUGGUGGAUGAUCUGAACCCAGUGUUGAACUUCACUCGACGGGAGGUGGAGAACCUGCUGCAUUUUGUGGAAGAAGAGUCUGACCCUGCUCAGCUCUCCCUCAAUCCAAGCAAGAUGAAGGAGUCUGUUCUACAAUUAGCCUGUCUCAAGUAUCCUCACCUCAUCACCAAGGAGCCUUUUCAACAUGAGUCACUGCUGAUCGACCGGAAGGAGCACAAGCUGACCAAGGCAGAGAAGAAAGCAGCCAAGAAGAGCUACGAGGAGGAAAAGCGAGCAUCCGUCCCGUAUACCCGGCCGUCCUACGCACAGUAUUACCCAGCCAGUGACCAGAGUCUGACAAGCAUCCCUGCCUUUAGCCAGAGGAACUGGCGACCAGCCCUCAAGGGUGAGGACAAGCCAGUGGCAAGUGUCCGCCCAGUUCAGUCCACCCCCAUUCCUAUGAUGCCUCGGCAUGUCCCCAUGGGCAGUGCAGGAUCAACCUCAAGUUCCAACCCUGCUGUCAACUUUCCCAUCAACUAUCUACAGCGAGCCGGUGUCUUUGUGCAGAAGAUUGUCACCACCACAGAUAUUGUGAUUCCGGGUACGAACACAUCCACUGAUGUACAGGCAAGAAUCAGUGCUGGAGAGAGCAUCCACAUCAUCCGAGGGACGAAAGGGACGUAUAUCCGGACCAGUGAUGGGCGGAUUUUUGCUAUUCGGACCACUGGGAAGCCAAAGGGCAAUGAAGACCGUCGGACAGCUGCCUCAGGCUCCCAGAGCUCAUCACUGGAGUCCACGAGCAAUGGCAGACACAGUGCCUCAUCACCGCAGCUCCCCAGCGCGGAGGAGCUCACUCGGCCCAUAUCCCCUGACAGCCCCGAGAUCAUCAGCGAGCUGCAGCAGUAUGCGGAGGCAGCGGCUGCCCGGGAGUCCCGGCACAGCUCUCCCAGCGCCAACGCAGCGCAAGGCCUCCCUGCCCGCACGGACAACGCGCCCGGCUUAGCUGCCCGAGGAGCCGAGCAGCAUGUGGGGAUUCACUGCAUGGCUCCCUCCGUGUCUUCAGCCCUGCCAGCCACCAGCCAGCACGUCGAUGCCCACUCGGUGUUGGACUUACGGGGCAACAAGCGCAAGUCAACCUCACCGUCGGCUUCGGAGGAGCAAGCCCGCAGGCAGCAGAAGAAGCGGCAGUUGCCAUCGUCCGUGCAGCCGUACGAACACGGGUACCCCGUCUCUGGUGGGUUCACCAUGCCUCCUGUCUCUUUAAACCACAACUUAACCCAUCCAUUUGCCUCCCAACCAGGAAACUCCUUGUACAUGGGCACUGGCUCCUCUUAUUACCAGCUGCCCAAUUUACUCCCAGACCCUCAUCUGGUGUUCCCUGUGACUACUGACCCUCUGCUGACAGCCGGCACCGCCAGCUCUUCUGCUGCUACCUCAGUCACCGCCAGCGUCCCCUCAUUCAUGCUAAACCCUUCUCUGACAGGGGUGCUGCCCAAUUACUCGCUUCCCUUCACGCAGUCACUCCUGCCCGAGCCCAGGAUGUUUGCUCCUUUCCCAGCCCCUGUCUUGCCUAGCAGCCUUCCCAGGAGCAUGGCAUCUGCCUACCCUGGCUACACGUCCCCUCACUCGGGCUACCCGGCUGGGGGCCUCCUUCGGUCCCAGGUGCCUCAGUUUGAACCCCAGGAGGUCCCAGAGGUGGGAUGCAGCUCUAAUGACGAGGACAAAGACGACGAUGUUAUAGAGAUCACAGGGAAAUAAUGGGCCCAGCUCCUGCUCGGUCUCAGCUCUGCCAGGAGGCAAAAGUUGCAGGACCUUUUUGGGAGUCAGGAUUUCCCCUCUGGGCCAUGGCAGCGGGUGGAGAAGGAUGCGAAGGGUGUGGCGUGGGGGUGGUUUUGUUCUUUUCAUUUUGUUUUGUUGUUGUUUUAGCUGUCAAGGAUCUGAAUUGUAUUAGGGGCUGGGAGAUGGGAGGAGGAUAGAGUGGACCUGUGAGGGCCGGGGGGAGCGAGAGCCAGGGGAGGAGGGGAGCAGCAAUGCAAACCUUAGGAGUGCCUCCCUCCCAUGCUCUGUCUGUCUGUCUGUCACUGUUCUCUGUCUUGUCUGGAAGGGGGAGGCUUGAUGCUGCGAGUCGAAGCCCUUCUCAGGCCUGGAGGCACAGGCUUGACCGCUGGCAGGGCCGAGCUCCCUUUCACACGAACUGCCUUAUCUGUGAACUUCUCUCACUCCGGGAGGUGUGGGCCGGGGCGGGGGGGUGUGACUCCAGCAGAGGUUGGGGACGAAGUGUUUUUACUGGGGAGGGAGUGGGGGGGCUUCUACGUCGUGUAUGGGGGGGGUGGGAUGGGAUUGAUGUAAAAAAAAGAAAAAAAAAAAAAAGAGAAGAAAAAAAAAGAGAAUCAAAACAAACACCCCACAAACAGCUUGUCAUCCUCUUCAAAUUCACAUGGAACUAGUGUGAGGGCUCCCGCAGCCCCUGCCGCAGUGGCGAGGGCAGGGCUUUGCUGAGGGCUCCCCUGGACCCUUCAGGAGGGUCCCGUCCAAGGUAGGUUGGUCCUGUGGUUCUGAUGCCAGCUCUGUGUGCCAGAUGAGUGGAGCAAUCCCAGAUGUCUCAGUGGCCGUCAGAGGGGAAUCCUGGCGACUUCCCCAUUUCUGUGGCUUUCCAUGGCCACAUCUCACCCAGCUGUGGCCCACCAUAUCCAGGGGUAGGUGGGCUCCCUGCUGCUUCUGAGCAGUGUAAGGCAGUGGAGAAGGCUGCGGGUGGGACACACACUGGACCCAGUGCUGGUUGCUGUUGAAUCUGUGAUUGGAGCGACUUCCCCCUGCACAGAAUCUCUACAUUAAUUUAUUUCAUGAAGGCAUAAUAUUUAUUGUUUGGGGGAGUCUUUCUUUCUACUUUUAAAUUAAUUUCCAUAUUAAAAAAUAAAAUGCUGGCCUCCAUCAUGCAGUGGUUACUUGUUGGGUUGUCUGUGUGGGGAGAAGCAGCCGGUUGACCAAAGCAUAGCCUAGAAGCAGGGCCAGCUGCAGAGGUUGCCUGUAUCUGAGCUGUGUCAUGUUGGCUGGAUGUGCCCCAUCGGAGGAUCAUGCCAGAGCAGGGAGGAGCUGCCCUGCGUGUUCUGCAGAAGCUGGAAAGAGGAUGGAGUCCUCUUGUUGCGCUGGGGCAAGUGGAAAGGCUGGGAAGCCUCCCAUGCUCAUUUCCAGUGAGGAGGAGGGCUGUGGGGCAUGCGGAGUUAGGAAGGCAGAGCUCCUGCGCUUGGCUCAGACCUGCUCUGCACAUGAGGGCAGAGGCCGGCCCUAACCCUGAUAGCAAACACGCUGGCUGCUCACCUUGAUGCAGGGCUCCUAAGGAGAGGCUGGGCUGCCCAACUGCAGCUGGACUUGGUGUGUGUGACCGUGUGUGUGAACGCAUUAGGAUGGAGACUUGGAAUCCAGGAACCUCCAUGUCAUGUCUGGGUGUCACCAGGCAGGAUGUGCUCCCUUCCCUGUGUGGGAUGUUCCUCGGACCUUAGAGCACUGGUAGCAUGAAGGGGAGCUCUCGGGCUGUGGAAGCUGCAGUCACUGGUGUUUGCUGGGUCCAACUAGGAGUAGGAAAGGGCAGGAUGUCCUGACAUCCUCCAUCAAAGGGAUGCUGGAAGAUUGGGACCUCCCUUCCUGAGCGAGAGAGAGGGGUGUGUGUGCACGCGUGUGUUACAAAAUCAUAAUAAAAGAUGUUAUGGGGCUUUCCUAGUGUUUUUCUCUGUUCAAUGGACAUUGUCUGUCAAACAUAACCACACCAUUCAUAGAAGCCUUAGAUCAACAGUUUAGCUAUGCAAAUUAUUUUAAUUAUUUUUUGAAAAAAACCAAACAUUAAAAUAGUGCUUUCUUCUUUAACAUAUCCUAGGAGUUGAAAACCGAGGGGUUCUGAGCAAACUGCUGGACAACUUGUCUUUGGAUGCACCAUGGAAAUAAAAAUCAAACCCCCCCACAAAAGUAACAAAGCAAAUUAACUGAUGGUGUUCAUGCAAGUUUCUCCAAAGACUUGACAGUGCUGCAUCUGUGAGUCGUGCCCUCCUGUGCUCUGUGUGUCCACCUCAUGCACAACCCUGUGACACUGAUUGUAUGACGAGCUUGCCCAGAUGUCCGUUGCACCCCUGUGAGGCUGUCAGUUUUCCGGUGGAUUUGGGGAAUGGACCUAGGCAAGGGCUUUCCUUGUCGAGAGUAGCAAGUGUUGAGACCUGCGGGUGCAUGUGGGAGGCCAGAGUGGGAGCAGCCCCUCACCAGUGCCCUGCUGCAGCCCCUGUCCUCAUGGGCGGUGGUCAGGGCAGUGGGGUUCAUCCGAGGGACCCUCCCAAGUCCUCUUGGAACGGGGCUUUUCUGUGGCUCUGUGCUGGGACAAGGCAUAAAGCUACGGCUGGGGGCAGUUGACACUGCAGCUCUGGAUGUGGUACCUGUGACUGUGCCACUUUCUCUGCUCCUUGCCUCUCCAGGAGAGCACCCGGGGCUUCCUGAGCAGGCCCUGGUGCAUCCCAUGCUGCUGUCUGAUCUCCUGGGGUUCCUCGGCACAGCCCAAGCCCUGUGGCUGUAGGAGCUGGAGGUGGCCAGCACUCAGCUGCUGCAGGGCACAUGCUUGUGCAAUGGGCUGGCAGUUACCCUGGCGCCAGGGUGAGGUGCAAGGGCUCUCCUGGCUCCUGCAUGGCCGUGGCAGCUUGGAGACCCCUCGCUGCCCUCCCGUGCUGUGGCUGCCCCCAGAUGCAGCCAGCUGUGAGGGGCUUCCUUGUGCUGGGAUGCAUCUGUGGCUCCAGGCAGCUGCAGCGUGGUGACCCUGCACUGCAGGCACCCAAGCAGAGCCCCAGCCACCCACCCUGAGCAUGGUGGGGCCAUGCAGCACCUCUGCCCCCCGCACCAGCCCCGAGCGCUCCCUUACCGAGGGGCUGGGGCCUUUGGCCAGAGCCUCGGCUGAGAGGUGGUCACAGAGACAUCAGGGAUACCCUGACUGGGGGCUGGCAGCAACUGGGGCUGCUCCAAGGCAACCAGAGGCACCUGCAGCACGGUGGGAAGGAUUUCCUCCACCCCACAAAACCAUGAGGGUGUGCAGGUUAUCGUGGGGCUUUCCGAGUGGGGGGACCUCACUGAGCCCUUAAACCCCUCUCCCACGGGUCUUCUCCCUCUCAUCUGCCCUCCCCAAGUUUUAUUCCUCUUCAGCAGGUGGUUGUGCUGCAGAGGGUCCCGUCUGGCUUUUCCUGAGCCCGCAUCAGGGGCUUUCCCUGCACGGGUUAACUUUUGCUGCCGAGUUUCUGUCUCCCAAUGACCGGAUGGAAGCAGCUGCUAGAUGGCGGCGGGGCUGCGGGUGACACUGAGGACAGCAGUGCAGGACUUGCUGAGGGUUUUGGACACUAAGGAAGAUCUCUGAGAACAGGGCCAUGGGGGGGGUGUCACGCUGGCACCCAGCCCUCCCCUUAGGUGGGAGGUUUCCACUCCUGGGAGCAGUUGGGUGAAGGCUGGGUACUGCUGCAGGACCUGACACCCCAGGCAAGGAGAGGGACUGUGGCUGUACCCCAGUCUUGGUGGACUGGUGCGGCCCUUGGGGUAUUGGGAAGCUUUGUGGGGAGGGGGCAACACAGCCCAGCCUGGCCCAUGGUUUGGGCAGGAUCUGCUGCACACUGAUCUCCCCUGGGGUGCCUGGGUGGGGUGGAUGCAGGUACUCACAGAAAGCAGAUAUUCCAGCAAGCAAAGGAUGGGAUUUCCAGGGGAGCUUCGCUAGAAAUAAUGUAUAUUUUGGCUUAAUCAUGUCAGCAAAUUGGUGAAUGCAAGAGAAUUGCUGUUGGUUUGUGGGUGGCUUCCAGGCCAACAGGGACAAGCACAGCAAAUACCUUC